AUGGCACUUGAGCAAACCGAAGCUUUUAAUGUUUCAAUCGGUAUAUUUGUGUUUUGGGCGCAAUGUAAAGUUUGGGCUACAGAUAAUAGUGGAAAUACUGUAAUGGAAACUGGAUGGUUGGAUUGCGAAGAAGGAGAUCCACAUUUAAAAUAUCAUAAUCGAGAUGUACAAGCUAAUCCCUACUGGCUUCAUGCGAAGGUUAUGGGCAGCGCGAGAAAAACAAAACAUAGAGGACCAUUUAGCGGAGAUGUCUGCUUUAAAUUUAAGGGAGAUGUUGGUAAAUGGAAUUUUGAUCAACAAGACUGGUCAUUUUGCGAAAAAAGCUCUGAGGAUUAA